ACCAAUAUGAAGCUGAAUCUCUGAAUGCCAUCAACGGAGCCUCACUGUCUAAGCAUGGACCCAAGGCCUCUUGCAUGGUUGAAAUUGAAGUGCCUCAGACUUGCAGUUUCAUUGUCCGCACCUCUGGCUGUAGCCUGAGUGAGGUGUAUGACAUGGACACAGACGGCAGCCCUAUGUUCAGGCCUGCAUCUGGCUCUGAUGCCUUUGCUGCUGAAAUGGAGAAAUAUCCUCUGAAGGUUGUAGUUGAGGGUGAGUACGAUGUGAAACUGUACCCUGAGGAAGGUGAGACAACAACCAUCCUGAACAUCAAGAGGGGUAUCAUCUCUGCUCUGGCUGUGCCUCUGCUGGAAGAGGAAAAGAACAAGAAUAUGCCCACAAUCCACGGCAUGUGCAAGACCUAUUACACCAUCAACGCUAGAGAGGACAUUGCAACUGACAUCAGCCUCAACAGGGAUCUGUCCAGAUGUGACAAAUUUGUCCCAAUGAGAGAUCACACCAGCCCCCUGGCGCUCAUCUCUGGCAUGCAUUACCCUCUUGCCCAGCUGGUCAGAAGCUCCCAGACCUGCAACUACAAGUUUGACAAUGAGAAGAAACACAUGACCUCUGGAUCCUGCACAGAGAACCACAUCCUCAUUCCCUUCUCACACAAGGGAGAGUAUGGAGUUACCAAUGUUGGAAAGCAAGAACUGACCCUGGUUCAGGUUUCUCCUCACAAUGACAGAGUCUUUGACCGAAGUGACAUUGCUAUGGGUCUUCAUAUGGAGGCUGUCGAGGACAAGUCUGUUGUCCAGGAUAAAGCUGCAUGUCUGGAUCUCCUGAGAGAACUGGCCACUCUGCCUGAGACCGAAGGUGAGAGGAGGGCCCACCUCUUCCACAAGCUUGUCACCAUGGUCCGCGGAAUGAAGACUGAGACCCUGAGCCCUGCUAUUCCUGAGGCUCUUGCAGUGUCCCGUGUCCUGACCUACCAGGUUCUGGCCCAGUGUGGAACCCCUGAGUGCAGCAGUGCCAUCAUGCAGAUCCUCAGGACCUUUGACAGCUCGUCACUUGAGGUUGAUGCCGCUGUUUUUGCUAUGGGACUUGUGUCCAAUCCCUCUGCCCUACUGAUCAAUGACAUGCUUGAGAUGGCCAAAUACAAGAUCAGCAAGCCCAUCAUGUAUGCCCUGAGCAAUGUUGUCAAGAGGUUUUACAAAACUGAAGGAAAACUGAUCCCUGAGAUUUACUCUGUUGCUGAGUUCAUGGCAGCCCAGUUGGGUGACUGUUCUGGUCACAAAGACAACACUUUUAUGACAUUGAGGGUUAUUGGAAACAUGGCCCCAGCUGUUGUGCCUGCUAGUCCUGCACUCAGAGCUGCAGUGAUCCAAUGUGUGAACCAACCUGCAGCUUCCCUUGCUGUGCAGCAGGCUGCCAUCCAAGUAUACAGGCUGACUCCCGUCCCUGAAGAGGCAAAGGUUCUCAUGCAGGUACUCUUGGACAGCGCUAGCCCCAUGCAAAAGCGUAUUGCUGCAUAUCUGGUACUUAUGAAGGACCCCCAGCCAAGUGAACUGGCUCAGCUGACCAAUGCCUUGCCCACUGAGCAGGAUAAACAAGUCAUGAGCUUUGUGAUCUCCCACAUUACCAACAUCUUGUCUUCAACUGAGCCCAAGACCCAAGAACUGAGGCAGAAGAUUCGUGAUGCCCUGCAGGGUAAUGAGAUUGGUCCCAUCAUGGACCCCACCAAGUUCUCUCGCAACUACAAGAUCGGAUCUAUGGAGGGCAACAUGAUCUUUGAGGGUACCAGUUACCUGCCCAAGGAAGUCAUGCUUGAAAUGACUCUUAAGGCAUUUGGCUAUGACAUUGACAUGAUGGAGGUCGGUAUGGAGGGCAAAGGAUUUGAACCAACUGUUGAUGCCCUGUUUGGAGAGAAUGGAUUCUUCCCUGACACUGCCCUCAAGACAAUGUACUUUGUCGCUGACAACAUGCCACUCAGAGUCAAUGAGAUCCUGCAGAACAUGCUGCCAGCUAUGAAGAAGUACAAGAUGGAGAGACAGGUACUCAGAGCAAUCCAUUUGAUCGGACGCAACCUCAACAAACUGGUAACGGAACUGAAGAGCACACAGUCUCCAGAGGCAAUGGUGUAUAUGAGACUCUUAGGAAAUGAGCUUGGAUAUCUGAGGACCAAUGAUAUGGAGAGGAUGGCUUAUUCUGCUGCCAUGAUGAUUGACAGCAUGUUCAAGAUGUUCCCUACAGAUCUAAUGAAGGAACUGAUGACUAAGGCUGACAAUUCGAUCUUUGCCCACUACAUCUUCAUGGAUAAUGAAUUCUUCCUGCCUACUGUCACUGGUGUGCCUCUGAGGAUUGCACUGUCUGGUACAUUCACCCCUGGUAUCAAGGGUGGACUUAAGAUUGCUCGUGACAUGAGCGAAGUUGCAUUCAUGCCCUCUGCUGGCAUUGAGUUUGUAACUCAGGUUGGCUCCUACAUCCCUGAAUAUGUCAACUCUGGAUUAGAGAUGCACACCAACAUUUUCCACGAGAGUGGGCUCAGUGCCAAGAUCUCCAUGGAACGUGACCAAGUCAAGCUGACCAUCCCUGCUCCACAGAGCCCUACCAAGCUCAUCAAAAUGACAAACAACCUGGUGGCAGUGACUGGAUCAGAGGUGAGGACCAUCCCCCCUAUGGUGAUGGACAAGGUUGACGUUAGUGAGUGCACCCCCUUCUUCGCUGGAAUGAAAUACUGCACUGCUCUGCAGUACACCGAUGCUUUCUCUCAACAGACAGCCCCCUACUUCCCCUUCAACGGAGACAGCAAAUUUGCUGUAGAGCUCCACCCUACUGGUGAAGUCACUGAGUACACAGCCACUGUUGCCUAUGAGCUCCUCAGGGAAGGAGAAGAAGGCAGGCAGAAGGUUGACUCUGUGAAGUUUGUUCUGAGGGCUGAAGGUGCAGAACCCACAGAAGCCAGAGCAAUCAUGAAAUAUAACAGAAGGAAGAAUGUCAUCACAGCCGACUUCCAGAUCCCUGACUAUGAUGUGGAGGCUGGAUUCAGACUGGGCGUUGUUGAUGGGAACACCAAGGGCAAAGGAACUCACUCCAUCUCUCUUGACCUUAUUAACAAGAACAUCCCUCAGCUCUCCCUGGUUGGCCGUGCCAAUCUCAAGGCCAUGAGGGAAGGUAUGCUGCAAGUCCAACUUCUGGUCCCCUCAAUCAACACUGAUGCCACUGUCACAGCUAACCUGAAGCGUGAAGAAGAAUUGGAAUUGCAGCUUAAGAGUGAAAUCAAGGUCAUGGAUGCCACAUCUGAGCAGAAAAUUGAAAUUAAAUAUGAUGCCAGCAAAGUUGAGGUUCAGUUCAAGUCUGAUGUGAACGCUGAGACAACCAUCUUGCCAAACGCUGAUAUGUUUGAGAAGUAUGGCAACCAACUUCUUGACACACAGGUGGGGCAGACUGACAUGAAAGUCCGUCACAUCUUUAAGGAGUUUGUGGAGGCGGCAAACAACUACAUGGACAAGUAUGGUGCUGAUAUCCCUUACAUUCAGAACUUCAGAGUACCUGAUAUGCCUGAGAUUUCCCUGCCAGAGACACUGUUCCUGAAUGCUGAAGCAAAGGCUGUCUACUACUUCAACAAUGAGCGCUUCACCAUUACUAUCCCUCUCCCUCUUGGAGGAAAGUCAACAGAAGAGCUCAACUUCCCACCCGCUUUGACCACACCUUAUGUGUCUCUACCCCAGUUUGGACUAGAGAUCGCAUCCAUGGAGAUUCCAAUCCCAGAGCUUUUUGUCCCUGAGAGCCUUACUCUCUCUUUUCCUCUUUUUGGUAAAGCUGAGGUUUCAACUCUGAUGAAGAGCAACCUUUACGACAUGGAGGCCUCAAUGGCUGCCGGCAAAGAUGUUGUGGAAACACCUAGCUACUCAGCUAAGUUUGAUGUGAAAGGAACCUCCCCACUUGACAUCCUCUCAGUUAAGAUUGAAGGCUCUGGAAUGUUGGCCACCGCUGAAUCCAUCAAGGCCCACUUGAAAAGCUCUUUGGCCCAUAAAUUUAUUGAAGCCAGUAUUAGUAUUGUUGAAGAUGCAACCAUCACUGACAAAAUCAAUUUGAGAUCAAGCAGCAAGAUUGAAGCCACAAGCCCUUUUGGUCUCAAUAUUGCACUGGAGCACACUGGUAUGGCUGGAGUCAACACUGAAGAAAUCUCUGCCGACAGCAACUUUGAGGGAAUGUUCAACGCUGGACCCCUCUAUGGCAAGACCAUUUCAACCCAGUCAUUUACCAUCCUCCCAUUCAGGCCAGAAGCAAAGAUCGAUUCUUCUGUUCAGUUUGACUCUACAAUUGUUAAGGCCCAAAACACAAUUGCAGCAACCCUUGUCAAUGGAGAAUUCUCAGUUGUGUCCAACACCAAUGCCUUUGAAGACACCUUGACCCAUGUUGUUGACCUUUCCUUCAAAGACAGCAAGCUCUCACUGAAAUGUGAUGCUAAUGCCCUUGCUCUUGGUAUGAAGAUCCACAACCAGGCUAAAGCCUCUGCUGGUGCUGGCGAAGUUGUCCUGAGAAUGGAGACAAAUGCAGACCACUCUGAAAACCGUGUUUACUCUCUGCUGACUGCCUCUCUUGAUGUCAAUGGUCUGGCUGUAAACAGUGAUGCCACUGUGAAGCUCCUUGAGAAUGAGGGUACUCACAAGAUAACUCUGAGAAUGAACAAGGAUGGUUUGACCACAAGUGGAACAACCACCCUCCAGAGCCCCCUGUCCCUGGAAAACACCUUCAGUGCUGGGCUUGAUGCUUCAAGGGCUACUCUAUCCAUUACCAAUAAGGCUGCAAUGGAUGUCAUCAAGGUUGAUAAUGCCAACACUCUGAUCAUUACUCUUUCUAGCCUUGACUUUAACUCAAAGGCUGAAGCCACCGUUAGUGAAUAUGCUUCUUACAUUCAUGAUAUCACCAUUGACCUGAAACCCUACACUGCUUCUGCAAAUGUUAAUAAUAACCUGAAACUUCUGGCUGCCAAUUUCAUAAAUGAGGCUCAGCUGCAGGCAGAGCUUUACAAGAUGGACCUGACUGGAAGCAUGAAAGCCACCUAUGGGGAGGAAGAGAUCAAGCACACCUAUCAGGUUAACUAUGCUGAUAUGACUGCUACCGCAAAGUGCAGCACCACUGGAAAACUCUUUGGAACUCACAUGAGCCACAACACUGAGCUUGAAAUUAUUGGUCUUGCUGCCAGGAUCACCAAUGAUGCCCGCUUCAACUCACAGCCAAUGCGCUUUGACCACACCAUCCGUUGCAGCAUUGUUCCCUUUGAUUUCAACCUUGAUGCCAUCUUCAAUGCUGAUGGAGACAUGACCAUGUAUGGAAAGCAGAGUGCCCAGCUCUAUGGCAAGUUCCUCCUCAAAGCACAACCCCUGGCUUUUGCUAGCUCACAUGAAUGCAGGGCAUCUGUGACCCAGCAGUUUGAUAAUGGUUUUUCCCUAGAGACCACAUUUGACAACAAGAUGGAUACUGUUCUGUCACUCCAAGAGCAGAAGACCAGUUUUAGAGUGAAGUCUAAAAUUAAUGAGCAUGCCUUUAAUCAGGACAUGAGUGUUUACAACACUGCUGAAAGAACAGGAAUGGAAAUUUCUGGCACCAUCCUCACAAACAUCAUUAACACAGAGUCCACAGAGAACCAGGAAUUCACCAUCUCUGGCUUCCUCAAGUAUGACAAGAACACAAAUAGUCACAUAAUUCAGUUUCCUCUAAUUGAAAAUUUGCCUGUCUUCAUGGAAAGCAUCAAGGGUUUUGUUGUGCAUAUUGCAGAGGCACUGCAGGACUACAUUAACAAUGAGGAGAUAAGGGCUAAACUUGAGGCUCUUCCCCAGUAUGUAAGUGAAUUUGUUUCUCAACUGAAUAUUGAUGGCAAGGUCAUUCAGCUGAAGCAGUAUUUCAAUGAUUUUACCCAACAAUAUGUCAUCUCCAUGGAGGAUGUGGAAGACUCUUUGAGAAACCUGAAAGUUACUGUUGAGAAGCUGCUGGCUGAUCUCUCUGUUUACAUCCAACAUUUUGCUGAUAUGAUGAAAGAGAUUAUUGUUAGUGGCACCCUGCCUGAAACCCUCAUUCAGAAGAUCCAGCAACAGCUGAAUGCUAUUAAUGAGGACUUUGACAUCAAGGCUAUGGUUGUAUAUAUGAUUGAUACCAUGAGGGAGAUGAUCCAGCAGAUUCACCUGGAGCGCAGUAGCGUUGAAUUCCUGCGUUAUAUUGAGAACAACUACGAAAUCACGUUGAAACUGAAGAUGUUCCUGAAUGAUAUGAAGAACUUCAUUGAGAACUUUGACAUGUCGACAUACGUCGCUGAACUGAAAACAUAUAUUUCAUCCAUCAACUUCAAAGGUCACAUUGAGGAACUGGUGAGUCAGAUUCCCACAGAGAUAUUCAGUGACAUUAGCAAAAUGAUUCGGGACCUUGACAUCGUAGGCAAAAUCAACACAUUCUAUGCCAAUAUGAGAGAGUUGAUUGUAAAGUUUGAGGUUGACAAGAAGGUUCAAGCUGUCUUGGAAAAGGUUGUGGAGGUCAUCGAGCAGUUCAAAAUUGAUGAAACUAUCAGGGCUGUAGCCAAGAUGGUGAAAGAUGCAGACAUCCCUACAAGAUUCACACAAGCCUUCCAGGGUGCUAUCAACUAUUUGAAAGCAACCGAAGUGAGGGAUAUAAUUGGGCAACUGAAUAUGUAUAUCGAAUCUAUUGUGCAGAAGCUGAACUCAUUGGAUUAUAAUGACAUUGUGGAUUUGGCCAAUCAAUUCAUUGCUGAGUACACAAUGUACGUGAAUGAGCUGAUCAGGACUCUUGAAAUCCCCCAGAAGCUUGAGGCAACAAGAGAUUUUGUCAACUUUGUCUUAUCCUCUGCUAAAGGAUUCAUGGAUCACCUGAGAGAAAUCAAAGUUGCGGAAAUGAUGAAAUCGGUAAAGGAAAUGAUUGACCAGGUUGUGUUUGAUGACCUUAAGAGAUUCUUCGAAUUUAUAAAACAGGAAAUCACAAAUCUGGAUGUCAAAGCUGUGUUUGGCUUUUAUCUAGAGACAGUGAGUGAAUUCUACAGGGAGGUCAUAGUCUUUGUCACUGAUGUGUUUACCACAAUGGUUGAGAUGAUUAAGAAGGUGGCACCUGAGCAAAAGAUCAUCAGCGAGAUUCAGCAGAUCAUUGAUGGGUUAAUUACUGAACUGAAGAAAGCCGAGCUGAACACGCCAUCCUUCAUUGUUCCUCUCACUAAUCUUAUUGUACCUUCCAUGAAGUUCAGGAUGGAUGAGAUUCAGCAGUUUGAAAUUCCAACACAGCUGGACAUCCCUGAGUUCACCAUCCUGGGUUUCCACACUGUGGAAGCUACCACAAUUUCCUUUGAUGACAUCAAGCAGAAAAUCAUUGAAAUCAUUGAUUUCAUUGUAAACUUUGAGAUCAAAAUGCUUGAUUCAGAUGCUUUCUUUGGAGACCUGACACUGAACUACCUACCUUCCAUGCCUGAGAUAAACCUCCCAGAGAUCACUCUUCCUGAGAUCUCAUUCCCUACCAUCCCACAAUUUCCCAUAGAAAAGCUGGUUAAGUCUCUUCAGGUUCCUGAGAUCAAACUGCCAACUAUUCCAAGUGAGAUCAUGGUCCCAUGCUUUGGUAAACUCUAUGGUGAGAUUAGAUUCCAAACUCCCAUCUACACUGUCAAGACAUCUGCUGAGUUCCAAAACUCCACUGAGAAUGAAAUGACACCUAAGUUCACUGGAUUCCUUAUUUCCCAGGGCACAUCUCCAAGUUUUGAAAUUCUUAAUUACAAAUUUGACUCCACUGCUCACAUUGCAAUCCCCAAAAUGAGUCGUGUUGUCCUUGCAGAGACUCUAAAGUUCAACCAUCUUGCUCUUGGAGUUGAUCAUCAGGCAUCUGUAACUCUCUAUGGACGAUCAGCCCAGGCACAAGCCAAGACUGCAGUGAAGGUCACCACUACACCUUACACUGCUGACCUUAUGAAUACAGCCUUUAUUGCUAUGGAAGGGGGAGUGUCUGCUGCUCUGGACACAACUUACAAUCAUUUAGUGAACUUCCCAAUCAUCAAUGUCAGAAGUGAUGCCACUGUAACCCAGAAAGUAAUUGCUCGCCAAGAUGGCUACACCCUCACUCUAACAGUUGACAAUGUUGGCAAUGGCAAGUUUAAUGCUGAAGAGGGCAACCACAAGAGCAACCUGCAUAUGUCACUCACUCCUAGCAUUGUCACACUAACUUUCUCUGGUGACACAGACUCUACCAUCUUGAAGAUGAAACAGCAAAUUACUGCUGAAUCUGGCACCCUUGUCUACUUCAAGUUUAACAUCCGUAAUGAGGCAGAAGCACCAAUUAUAAAGAACAGUCUUGUUGUGGCAUCUGGACAUGCUAACCUUUAUGAUAUGAAGAUUGAGCUGAAGGCAAACCAUGAUACAGAACUGUACGGUGCAGUGACUGGAGUCCUGUCCAAUGGAAUCAACAUCAUAGUCCAACCCAUUGAGUUUGUCUUUGAAUUCCAGAACAAAGGAAAUGCCAAGGUCAACAUUUUUGAAACUCUGAUUGCUAAGAUAGAUCUGCAGAAUGAUUACUCAGCCAUCUUCAAACCUGACAGCCAACAGAUGAACACAGUAUCUCUGGCUCGUCUUAAUCAGUACAAAAUGUCAUACAACUUCACUGUUAGUAAUAAUGAAAACGAGGCUGGUGUCUUUGUUGCCAUGGAAAGUGAAGCCGAUCUUGACUUUCUGAGAUCCCCCAUCAGCAUUCCUGAAAUUGAUCUGCCUUUUGUUGACUUCCGUACUCCAGCUAUCAGUGAUCUGAACUUGUAUGAGCAGACCGGAUUGAAGCAACUUUUGACCACCACCGAACAGACUGUUGAUGUGGAUGCCAAGAUAGUUUACCAGAAAAUGAAGGCUGCCCCCAUGGGUAACAUGAUCACGGAGCUGUCCUUCAAGUCUGCUAUUAUUAAUCUAAAUGUCAAUGCUGGACUGUAUGCUGAGGAUGAUCUUGUAUUCCGUAUGGGAGCUACCACCACCUCUGUAUUUGAGGGCCUUAAAGCCAAACUUGAUGGUACCACCAGUCUGACCACCAAGAGAGGAAUCAAAUUGGCCAAUUCCCUGUCCCUGGAAAAUAGUCACAUUGAAGGCACUCAUGACAGCACAGUCAGUAUGAGCACUGAAACUUUUGAAACUGCUGUCUCUGUGACUACUGUUGCAAAGAUUGCCCUGCCCAUACUCAACCUGGAAGCAAACCAAAAUCUGGUUGCAGACACCAAAACCAAAGCAAAUGCUAUCUCCACCAUGAGAAUGAGGGGUGAUUUCAACAUCCCUGUGAUCAAUGCUGUUGGAAAGACAGAGGCAGACCACAGUCUGAAGUUGGAGGGAACCUUUGAGGAUGUUUCCAUGGAGUCAUCCACUAAGGCAAACAUGGAUGGCACAGUGCUUGAAGACUAUCUAGUUUUGGGAAUCCUGGAUAAUGAGGUUAAUCUGUACCUGAAUAAUGAUGGUCUACGCUCCACCUCCAAGAUCAUUGCUGAUGCCAAACUUAACCAUGCCACCACCAAAGUCAUCAGCAUGGAUAUAAAUGAGAAUCUUGCUGUUGAAGCCUCCAUGAGCCGUGUAUAUGCAGUGCUGAAGUAUACUGGCAACAACGAAGCAAACCUGUUCAAUUUCAACACCAAGGGGAAGCAUGUGGCCCAGGCUACCAUUGAUCUUGCACCAACAUCCUUGACUGCUGAUAUUGAGAUUGAUAUGUCUCAGCCAAGUGAUCUGGGUGAUCUCACCUUCUAUGAGAAAACUGUUGCUGAAGUGACAGCUGCCAAGCAGAAGAUCUCUACCAAUACCAAGUUUGUCAGCUCACUGUACACCACAAACCUGGUAGCAGAAGUGGAGGGCGAUGCUCCUGUCUUCAAAGUCACCUUUAAGUCCUCUGCCACCUCUGGCAUUGUGUUCUUGGAAUAUGACAUGGAUGGUUCUACUACAGCAAACUUUGAGAACGAAGCUCUGAGCAUGAAUACCAAGGUUGUCCUGACACAUGCUGACCUGACCAUGGAUGUCAAUCAUGUCAUUACCCAAGCCUUGAGGAGAAAGCGCCAAGUUGAUGACAGUGUCUCUCGCCACACCCUGAAUGUGGACAUCACCAGUCCUACUUUCACUGAUGUGAACCUUCGCUAUGCUGCUCGCAGAGAUGGUAUCAGCGCUUCAGUAUCUACCCCAUCCACCGGCUUCCUUGGCCUUCAGUUCAAUGGCAGAGUCCCAUCUCAGAUGGGUGCAAGAGUCUAUGGCCGUUAUCCUUCUGCCCCAGAGGUUGAUGUUGACAUCUUGGUCAUCAGAACAUCUUCUAAGGAUGCUGAUAAGAUGAACCUACAAAUUGCCUACAACAUGGAGACACCCAAAGUGAUGCUCUCUGAAUUCAAGACAAGACUCCCUUCCAUCAUCUCUUCAAUCACAGUGUUUGCUGACAAGUACCAGAUCACUAAGAACAUGGAGGAGCUGAAGAACUCUGUUGUUAACCGCAUCAACGAGGCCUAUAACGAUGCCAUCAACUAUGACGUUCAAAUGAGCCAGCUGUCAAUCUUCUUCAGGAACAUCAUUGUCCAGUACCAGAAAACUGUCCAGGUCUUCCUGGAUGCUGUUGUCAAGGUCUUGAGGGAGACCCAGUUUAAACUGCCAGGGUCUGAGGAGAUGACCACUCUCCCUGAGGUCCUAAAGCAGCUGACCAGCAGCAUUGCUGCUAUGCUAGAUAAAACCAUCCAGAUUAUUUAUGAGAACAUGGAGGUCUACUAUAACUCCUUUGUUGAGAAGAUCAGCAGUGUGAAAUUGCGCAUGCCGGUUGGUGAUGCAAUUACUGGAGGCCAGAUCUUUGAUCAGGUGAAAACAGCUUUCAAGAACAUCUUUGAUGAACUGGUGGACUUUGUGAAAAAUAUGGAGAGUCUUGACACAAUGCUAGUGAAGAUAGGUGACACUCUGAAAGCUGUUGUUGAGAAAUCUGAGGAGUUUGUUGACUCAGUCAAGUCUGACUAUUUAGAUGCAGUGUUCAUCAACAUCAAUGUCCUCUAUCGUAACUUUAUCACAGUCAUAAAGACAGCUGUUAACAAGCUCUCUCUAAGUAUGGAGGACCUCAACAAUCUUUUUAAUAACAUUAUGAAUGUGGUCAUUAAUGUGAUGGGGCAGUUCAAUGAAACUGUUUAUAGUUUCCUGCAGCAAGUUUCAGAGGAGGCUCAAGGCAACAUAAAAGUUAGUGAAGGAAGGCUUGAGAUUGACCUUCCAUUUCCCUUCCAACAGUGAGGAACCCUCACAGACUGAGGCAUAAGUCAAUAUGAAACACUAUCACCUGUUUAAGACAUAUGCUUGGAAGGAGUAUGGACAAUUAGCUCUUUAACCAUAUUUAUAACAACAAGUUUAACAAAGACACCUGUUGUAUCAUUUUAAUUUAGAUAGUUUAUUGUGUACAAACA